AUGAAGUGCCCUUCGCUUCUUGCGUUCGCAGCUACCUGCGCUACCGUCGUUGCGUUUGCUGUUGAUCUAGAGAAGGUCUUUUUGGAUGACAAGCGUCCUGUCGCCCAGGAGACGUUCUUGAUCGAAUCCAGUCCAGGAGAAACAAAAUGGGUCACCGAAGAAGAGAAAUGGGAAUUGAAGAGGAAUGGCAUGCGGUUCAUGGAUAUCACUGAAAAUGGCCACACCUAUCCUUACGUUGCCUUUAGCGAGAGGGACUCUUCUCGCGUUACCUAUCCCUCGAAAACGCAAUACAACGAGACUGUGAAGGCACUCGCAACAGCGCUCGACAAGGACAAUAUGCACAAACACCUCAAAGGAUUGACCUCAUUCCAUACCCGAUAUUAUCGGAGCCCAUACGGCGUUGAUGCAGCUAAAUGGCUGUAUAAGCAGAUCGAUUCCACUAUUUCGGACUCGGGUGCUUUCGACCAUGGCGCAACUUUGGACAAGUUUGACCACCCCUGGGGACAGUUCAGCAUCAUUGCCCGGAUACCAGGGAAAAGCAACCAUACAAUUGUAAUUGGAGCACAUCUCGACAGUAUCAACCUGUGGUUACCGUCUGUUUUUGCUGCUCCGGGUGCCGAUGACGAUGGGAGUGGGACGGUGACAAUUCUUGAAGCUCUUACUGCUCUUCUUCAAUCCGACGACAUCGUCAGAGGAAAGGCGGAAAACACCAUCGAGUUCCAUUGGUACUCCGCCGAAGAAGGCGGUCUCCUCGGUAGCCAAGCCAUCUUCAAAUCAUACCACAACAGCCAGAAGUCGAUCAAGGCAAUGCUUCAGCAAGACAUGACAGGUUACGUGAAAGAGACGCUGGCUCACGGCAAGCCCGAGUCUGUUGGUGUCAUUACCGACUUUGUCGACCCGGACCUCACCGAGUUUGUCAAGGAGAUCAUCACUGUGUACUGUGAUAUUCCGUAUACACUGACCAAGUGUGGUUAUGCUUGCUCCGACCAUGCGUCGGCGAGUAAGUAUGGGUAUCCAUCAGCAUUCGUCAUCGAGUCGGACUUCGAAUAUAGCGACAACAAGAUCCAUACUACGGACGACGUGAUCGAGCAUCUCAGCUUUGAUCAUAUGCUACAGCAUGCGAAGAUGACCUUGGGCUUCGCGUACGAGGCUGCAUUUGCAAAGUUCUGA